UCCUCCAUUUAACUGAAUCCAGACACAGAACAAGAAAUUAAACCAACAAACAGAUUGAAGAUCAUCUUCUUCAUCUUACCCACCAUUCUUUUCAAGGCUGAACUCUUAUGAACCUCACUGAAUUUUAGUUAAUUCUAUGAUGGCGACGCGUAUCACAAAGAUCACUGCCCUCCUUAGCUAUAAUGGCGUCGUAUCAAGGAUAUGGGCAACACCAUUUCUGGGUUCCAAUUCCUAUUCUUCCGCAGUGGCUUCCCUUGAAUCCGAGCCAGAUUCUCCAUUGUUUGGGUUGAAGGAUUAUGAAAAUUACAGAAAAUCGAUCCAUGGUGGAAUUACUCAUAAAGCGCUGUUGGUUGACGCUGUCGGCACCCUCGUUAUCCCGUCUCAGCCCAUGGCUCAGAUUUAUAAGCAAAUUGGGGAAAAGUAUGGUGUUGAAUUUAGUGAAGAUGAGAUUCUGAGGAGAUACAGAAAAGCUUAUGAGCAGCCAUGGGGUAGAUCUCGACUCAGAUACGUAGACGAUGGAAGACCGUUCUGGCAACAUAUUGUUAGUUCAUCAACAGGCUGUUCCGACUCCCAAUACUUCGAGGAGCUUUAUAAUUAUUAUACCACGGAAAAGGCUUGGCAUCUCUGUGAUCCAAAUGCGGGAGAGGUGUUCAAGGCUUUGAAGAAAGCCGGGGUAAAAGUAGCUAUAGUCUCAAACUUCGACACGCGAUUAAGACCUCUGCUACGUGCUUUAAACUGUGAUCACUGGUUCGAUGCCAUGGCGGUUUCCGCUGAAGUUGCAGCAGAGAAACCGAAUCCUAUGAUAUUUCUAAAAGCGUGCGAGUUAUUAGGCGUAGAAGCGGAGGAUGCAGUCCACGUAGGCGACGAUCGUAGAAACGAUAUUUGGGGAGCCCGAGAUGCGGGAUGCGAUGCGUGGUUAUGGGGAAGCGAUGUUCAUUCCUUCAAGGAGAUUGCCGAAAGGAUAGGAGUUGAGGUGUGAACGGAACCGAACCCCUUUGGAUUCGAAGAAAUAAGAUUCCGGAUGUACGAUCGGUUUUUUGGAAUCGAAAUAUGGCCGAUGUAUCAUAUUAUUUUACGGUAAAAUUCGAUGUGAUAUGAUACAGCGGUUGUAAUCGAUGUUUUUUCCUUCGUAUUUGUGGUCAUCACAUGUAAAUAUUGUGUAGUUGUUGUUACGUGCAUCUGCACUUGCCUUUGUGUAUGCAAGCAACUAGUGUCAGAAUUAUAAUAAAUCGCGACAUCUUUUGGGGCAUGUGCCAGAUUUUUUAGA